UCUACUUUGUGUUUUGCAAUCUUUGCUAAACUGAAGAUGCUGGCAUUCGGCUUGAUACUGCUCACUGUUGCAGUAGGACACUCCGAUGCCUGUGAUAAUAUUUCCCUUAAUCAGAAGAAGCAAAACAUUCUGAAUUUGUUGGCCUGUUGGAAUGAUGACAGUGCUGACAACUUACACCAGCACAUCUGUCCACCAGAGGGCAAUAGAGGGAGGUAUCGGAGCUGCAAAGAAAUCAUUCAGUCUGAGAGUAAUUCUGCAGAUGGAAUUUACACUCUGACAACUGGUAAUGGGAUUUCCUACCAGACCUUUUGUGACAUGACAACCAAUGGUGGAGGCUGGACUUUGGUGGCCAGUAUUCAUGAAAAUAACUUGUUUGGCAAAUGUACCCCUGGAGACCGCUGGUCCAGCCAGGAAGGCAAUAAUGAAAAUAACCCAGAAGGAGAUGGCAACUGGGCAAAUUAUGCAACUUUCGGAUUACCAGACGGUGCUACCAGUGAUGAUUACAAGAAUCCUGGCUAUUAUGAUAUAUCGGCCAGUGACUUGGGCUUAUGGCAUGUGCCAAAUAAGACUCCAAUCCCAUUAUGGAAAAGGAGCUCUCUUUUGAGAUAUCGCACACAGAAUGGCUUUCUCUCAACCAAAGGAGGGAACCUCUUUCAUUUGUAUAAGAAAUAUCCAGUAAAAUAUAAUGCUGGCAAAUGCCAAACAGAUAACGGACCCGCUGAGCCAGUCGUCUAUGAUGUGGGAAAUGCUGAAAAGACAGCCAGCUACUACUCACCCAACUCAAAAAGGGAAUCUACUCCUGGAUUUGUCCAAUUUCGUGUGAUUAACAAUGAGAAUGCAGCAAUAGCUCUGUGUGCCGGAGUUAAAGCGACGGGAUGUAAUUCAGAACAUCACUGCAUAGGAGGAGGGGGCUUUUUCCCUGAAGCUAGUCCCAGGCAGUGUGGAGACUUUACAGCCCUCGACUGGUCGGGUUAUGGGACACACACCGGAUGGAGUGCUGACAAACAAUUUAUAGAGGCUGCUGUGUUGCUCUUUUAUCGCUGAUAUCCCUAAAGGCUUUAUAUAUAAGAUCUAUACUUUACCCGGGAUACAUAACAGUAUGUAAUUGGUGGGAAAAAAAUUAAUUACAUGCUAAUUAGAAAAAAAUAUGGAUUGCAGCUGGGACCAAAUGUAAUAAUAUUUGUGCACAUUAAUUCAUUGUACUUUUUGUGUUAAUUCAAAUUGACAUGCCCCUUCUAUUGAUGAUAUAUGAAUAAAAUCUGCAUGCAAACGAUAA